AUGGGCGCUCUUUCGAAACUCGCCUACACUUUGGGCCAACCGGUUCUCCAUGCCAGCUGCUAUGAAACUAUACACACGUGGAAUCCCAAUUGCUAUGCUGCCGUCUGGGUACGACUUUUCUCUAGCUUAUGUUUUAUUAGGAACGUUUCAGGAUGCUAUUCCCGUGGGAGUGUUAUUUUCACUCAAAACUUACGCUUCUUUCUAUCUUGUAAGUAGAUUCAAUCCGUCUUAAUUCCAAUACUUUAUUUUCACAGAUCACAAACCUUGUUUCAAAACGAGGCCGCCUUGACAAGGUAAACUGGAAAAAGUUUUGCAUAGAUGUUGGUCAGAGUUCCCUGUUCCUGGUCACAAAUAUGUGCCUUUUCCUUAUACUCCUUUGCAAAUUCAGGUAGAAUUUCAGUAGUUUACUGUUUCACAUCAUUUCCCUUUCAGGCAUUGGUUGGGAUUUUUUACACCUGUCUCAAUGGGAUUGUUGUCAAGCAUAACUGCUUCCGGACUUGCGAUUCUUGUGGAGAAAAAGUCACGGCGACCGGCUCUAGCUCUUUACCUGACCAACUUGGUUUCAGAGCACAAAGAUUGUUGUAGUCAUUGUUUUUUUCAGGCUUCUGAAACAUACUACCGACACCUGGCGAACCAUGGUCACGUGAAAAUGUACAAAUAUGGAGAAUGUGUUCCGUUCGGUAUAGGAUUGAUGCUCUUCACUUGGUUGCAGAGCAAAGGAAGGCUACCCAAAUCUUUCAACGGAUUCAUGAAGUAUGUACAGCAUUCAUCCCGUAUUCUCUGUUCAGUUUGCUCUUGAAUAUCAAAAUUGAAGUGGAGGAAACGUUUGAACUCCAGUUCCUAAAGGAAUAAUCCAUCUUACGAGAAAGAAAAAAGGCGGUGCAAAUAAAUUUAAAAAGGACGGAACUACGACCAACGGUUAACUUUUUGAUUUCAGUGCCGCUUUGAAAACAAAUGUGACGGAAAAUGUGAUAAAUGAGAAGAAGCUGCCAAAUAGUUUCCGUUCCUUCUUGGAAAAUCUGAGGAAUGAUUAUGAAAAGACGGAAUUGUGCCAACAUCCGAAUUCGUGUGUCAGUCACUCUGUCGAGGUAAAUCUACCUGUUCAGGAUACAGUUAUUGGAUAGUUUUCAGAGUUUUGCGAAAAAUGUGUCUGUUGGAUUGAUGGCAAGUUCCGCAUUGACAAUACUUCGUAACAUCCGGAAGAUAAUCAACAAUCCGUUGAAUAUCGUUACACUUUUGCUCUCGAAAGAUAAUUUCAAACUGCCAUUGUUUGCUGGAUUUUUACCACUUCUAUUCAACGUGAGUUCAGGCAAAAAACGUUGAACGUACAAUACUCUACAGGCAUCCCGGUGCUCUCUGAACAGAAUUAAAAACGUCCCUCCAGUUGUGAGCAAUGUAUUCUCAGCCGGAUUGGCCUCCGUUGCAAUGGCCUUCUAUCCAAAUGUCAGUAUUGCCAUGUACUGUCUUUGGAAGGCUAUUGAGGUAUGUCUGAUAGACUGACUGUUCCAACACAAAUGUUUGUCAUUUGGAGCUACAAGACUACUCUUUUUUUGUUGUUUUUGUCUCCCAUGUGCUGUUACGUAGAUAGUGUGAAACAAAAAUACAUCAGGGAGGACAAAAGGAGUAUGAAUUUUGAAGUUUGUUCCACCGAGGUGGAAUUGGGAAUGAGAGCGAGGCGAGCAGAUGACUAAACGACACUUUCCAAAAAUACAUUGUCAUUUUUUCAGACAGUGUACUUUGACCUGGUGGAACGGGGCAUUCUGCCGAAGAUCAAGCACGGAGAAGUGAUUUUGUAUGCGAUCACGACCGGAUAUGUAUUGUGGAACACUAUUAUUGAGCCGAGAGCCAUGCGAAGAGGUUAUCUCAAUUUCCUCUCGGGGCUCGUUGGUGGAAAGUAAGCGCCUUUUUCGGUGCUUAGAAAGCGUUCGUUGCCUUAUUUUUUCAGAAUAACUCUCUUCAAUCGCCGACUCUACGACCACUUUGGGUAUAUCUCCCGUGACAUUUAUACUGCCGUCCCUGACAUUGACACGAAGUACGCCAUGAUAAAUCCGAUGCUUUACCAACCGCUCGUCAAAUAA